AUGCAAUCAUCACGAGCGAGAUUGCUCGCGGGCGCACGACACAUCUCCACCCGGGCCAGCCCGAUCGGUGCCGCUGGUGCCAGGACUCUUGAGUGCGGCGGCCACUUCGGUCGUAGGUCGGUGGCCACGACCAGGGAGCAGCUGAGGGACGAGCUGCAGAGCCAGGCCAACGCCAGCGAGGCCACGCUCGACCACUUCGUCAAGCUCGCCUCCACGCCCGCCAAGCCAUCAACAGCCUCCUCCUCCUCCUCCGCUGCCUCCUUUCCAUUCCCCCUGUCCUCGUCCGCUCCGCCAUCAUCAUCUUCAUCGUGCUCGUCCAGCGCACCAGCCGAAGAGAAGCCGACGAAGAAGAGGGAGGGAAAGCUGCCGCCGUGGCUCAAGACUAAGAUCGCCGGUUCGGGCGAUGGCAGGUACUAUGCCCUCAAGGAGCAGCUCAAGGGUCUCAAGCUCGCCACCGUGUGCCAGGAGGCCAAGUGCCCGAACAUCGGCGAGUGCUGGGGCGGAGGAAAGGACCACACCGCGACCGCGACAAUCAUGAUCAUGGGCGACACUCGCACGCCACCAGCGCUCGACCCCACCGAGCCCCUGAACACGGCUGAGGCCGUGGCCAAGUGGGGCGUUGGCUACAUCGUCAUCACCACUGUCGAUCGGGACGAUCUCAAGGACUUUGGCGUGAACCACUUUGCCGAAACGGUGCAGCUGGUCAAGGAGAAGACCCCCUCCAUCCUGGUCGAAUGCCUCACGGGCGACUUCCGCGGUGACCUGUCGCUCGUGGAGAUCAUGGCCAACAGCGGGCUCGAUGUGUUUGCCCACAACAUUGAAACGGUGGAGAGCAUGCAGCGGUGGGUGCGGGACUACCGGGCGGGGUACAAGCAGUCGCUGAGCGUGCUCGAGCACGCGAAGAAGGCCCGACCCUCCCUCUACACCAAGUCGUCGAUCAUGCUUGGCUUCGGCGAGAAGGACGACGAGAUACGGCAGGCGAUGAGGGACCUGAGGAGCGCCGGCGUGGACUUCCUCACAUUGGGCCAGUACCUGCAGCCCACCCGCAAGCACAUGAAAGUGCACGAGUAUGUGACGCCCGAGAAGUUUGACCAGUGGCGGGAGGAGGGUGAGGGCCUCGGGUUCAAGUACGUGGCCAGCGGGCCGCUGGUGCGGUCGAGCUACAAGGCCGGCGAGUACUUCAUCAAGAAUCUGCUCAACCAGCAGCGCACUCAGCAGCACUCGCAGCCGCAAGAGCAGCAGCGGUAG